AUGGUGGGCCACCUGCAUCUGCAGGGCAUGGAGGACGGCGCCUCGGAGCGCGGCCGCGAGGGCCUGCGGGGCAGCCCCGACUCCGGGCUGCCCCCCAGCCCCAGCCCCAGCCCCAGCCCGCCCCUCUGCGCCCCGGAGCCCGGCCCCCCGGCCCCCAGCGCGCCCCCGGGACCCGGCGGCGAGGCCGGAGCGCCCCCGCCGCUCUCCCCGGACCCCCCGGCGCCGGCGCUGAGGCCGCGGCUGCGGCCGGUGCUGUUCGGUGAGGGCAUCGAGCUGAACCCCGAGCCGGCCCAGGAGAUCCGCUGCAACUCGGAGGUCCGGUUCGCCUCGGAGCAGCACUUCCGCGACAACGUGGUGUACGGGCCGGUGCCCACCGUCACGGCCUUCAGCGAGACCAUCGUGGCGGCGCCCAACUGCUCGUGGCGCAGCUACCGCAGCCAGCUGACCCUGCAGCCAAGGCCGCGCGCGCUGCGCUUCGCCUGCACCGCCAUCAUCUUCCCCCGGCGCGCGCGCCGCUCCUUCCGCACCACCGUGCGCCUCGGCGGCCGCGCGCGCUUCUCCGCCAGCGUGCAGCUGCGGCCCGCGCCCCCGCCCCCCGGGGCGCCCCCGCCGCCCGGGGUCCCCCCGCCGCCCCCCGGGGCCUGCCCCCCGCCCCCCGGGGCGCCCCCGCCGCCCGGGGUGUCCCCGCCGCCCCCCGGGGUCUGCCCCCCGCCCCCCGGGGUGUCCCCGCCGCCCCCCGGGGUCCGCCCCCCGCUCCCGGAGGCGCCCCCGCCGCCCCCCGGGGCGCCCCCGCCGCCCCCCGAGGUCCCCCCACCGCCCCCCGAGGCGCCCCCGCCGCCCUAG